CUAUCAUAUUUUAAAUUUCAAACAGAUAAGAUGGGUUUCAUGGCGGUGGCGCCAGCGUCGUUCGCCGGCAGCUGCCAUAACCUCGCCGUUCCAGAUAUUCCAAGUACGCUUCCGACUUCACUCAACAAGCACGCGUUUAGUCGGCGUUGUCGGAGUUCACACAACAACAACGCUGCACUCACCGUCGAAACUGCACAGUCAUCAAUCGACGCCGGAAACGUAACCGCUACACCUUCUUCUUCCAAUAGCUACCCAAAGUACGAUCGACUGCUUCCAUGUCCUACGCACAAAAUUCCCCCAAGAAUUGAACACUUGAUUGUUUCAGAAGGAGGACCUGUUUUAGAAUACAUUUGCAAAGCUUUGGAUCUUCCUCAUUUGUUUGUGGCAGAUCUGAUUCAGUUUGGAGCUGUGUAUUUUGCUCUUGUAACUCCGGAGCCUCCUCCUACUGCUACUGCAGAGCGAAUUAGAAUUUUCAAAGACGCAACGGAACCAUUGGUUCUGCAAAAAAGAGCUUCCAUCAAAGGAAAAACUUUAAGAGAAGCACAGAAAUCUUUCCGUGUUACUGAUGUGAAUCAGUUUGUUGAGACAGGAAGUUAUCUGCGAGUGCACGUGCACCCCAAGCGUUUUCCUAGAUGCUAUGAGAUUGACUGGAGAUCAAGGAUCAUAGCUCUGGAGGAAUCGUAUGUAGUUUUGGAUAAACCUGCUGGUACUUCAGUAGGUGAAAGUAUCGGCAACAUUGAAGAAAGCUGUGCAACUUUUGCAACUCGUGCUUUGGAAUUGACCACCCCUUUGAUGACUACUCAUCAGCUUGAUAAUUGCACGGAAGGCUGCGUAGUAUUGGCUAAGAAUAAAGAGUAUUGCUCCAUCUUUAAUACCAAAAUCCGGGAGAAAAAAUUGAAGAAGAUCUAUCUUGCUCUUGCCGCUUCUCCUUUACCAAUUGGAAUCAUUAAGCACUAUAUGCGUCCUGUUAACAUGGCUCCUCGUCUUGUUUCUGAAGAUUUUAUCAAGGGAUGGCUUGUUUGUCAACUUGAGAUCUUGGAAUGCAGAAAAAUCCCCUGGCCGACUAUUCUUGUUCAAGAUGAAUAUUAUGUUGAAGACUGUGGGUGGCCCUCUCAGGAUUAUGCGUACGAGUGUAAAAUCAACCUUCUUACUGGUCGUACUCAUCAGAUCCGAGCUCAAUUUGCUGCUUGUAAUGCACCGAUAAUUGGCGAUUCUAUGUAUAUGCAUGCUGCAAUUGCAGAGAUGACUAAUCCUGGACUUAAUCCAUUUGGAAAAUACAAGAGAGAUUUCAUUAGUGAGAGUGAAAAAGAAACUGCUGAAAUAAAUUGGAUCGCACAACAUGGUAAAGAGCCUAGGGUUGCAAUUGGCCUUCAAGCUUGUCAAAUUUCAUGGGAUGAUGAUGAACACUUUUACAGAGCUGGUUUGCCUUGGUGGAGGCGUUAAAAGGCUAGAAAUGUGCUCGAGUUGUGGAUAUGACUCAAUUUCACGUGUUAAAAGGCUGUAAAUGUGCUUGAGUUGAGGAGCUUCAUGGGGCCAUGGAGGGAUGGUAACGGUUCGGAUGACUUUUUACUAUAGUUCGGUUCAGUUUGAUUCGGUUUUUUGACUAAUCUGUAUCAUGAACCGCCCUAAUGGUGUAUGCUAUCACAUACCAAUGAGCUUUGAGCAUCUUCUUCUAUUUUAAUCAACUAUAAAUAGUUAAGCUAGAAAAUAUAUUAUUCUUCACUGUCAAGACCUCUUUCUGAAAAUGUAUAUUUACUUGGGUAUUGAAUAAUUGAGAAAAUGUCACAAUAUUAAAAACCUAGCUGAUUAGAAUGUGGUAUUAAAACCUCGAGCUCUCGUUGUUUAAUUGACUUUUCCU